UGGAGAACGUCUGGCUGUGACGAACAUUGAAUUGUGGCUGGUUAUCUGCAUCGUGAAAGCAUAGAGACAAAACGAGCCCUACAGACAGACUCGACUUUCCAAAAUGUACUAUGAGACACACCCUGGCACUUUGGAUGUGAGACCACCAAGAUAGGAUGCCAAUUAGAGGGCAGAGAUUAAAUUAUGAGGACGCAUUUUGUACCGACCGGAUGGCUAGACUACAUCAAGUGCUACAGACAGAUCUCCCUGUAGACUGCAGCCUUCUCCCUGACCUGUUAUCACUGCAACACAACUGGGAUCACCUGCGAUGGAAACGAUAAACUCUGCGACAAAAUGUUUGACACUUGCCUGACCACCUUAACCGAGAUCCGCUCAGACAAAGCUGCAGGAAAGCCAGUGCUCAAAAGCAUUGUGAAGUCCUGCGGACACAAGCAGGACUGCAACCAGACCUACAGCAUGUCCUUCAACGCCUCCUACUUGCACGCUUCAACCGUGUGCUGCCAGGGAGACAAAUGCAAAACCGAGAACAUUGAGCUACCAAAAAGGGAACUGAAGGAUAACAGUGUGAAGUGCCCAUCCUGCAAUGACCUGUCCACUAAAUGCACCAACCCAAUCACCAUCAACUGCACUGCAGAAGAGAACAAAUGUAUCACAUACACUGCCAGCUAUGCAGGAUCUCCAGAUGUCAAAUAUAUAGCACGGGGCUGUUCCACACCAAAUGUGUGUACGAUGAAGAGUGUGUCAGUACUUCCAUUCAACCAGAUAUUAAUGUCGCCCUUUGCUUGCAACCAUGUUCCGCCCCUGCUCCCCAGUCUGCUUUUCCCCGCUGGGUUUGGCUUUAUAAUGCUCCUACUCCUGUCAUAAUAUUCUCCCAAGGAGCCAUCGUGCGGAGAUUUCAUGUGGAUCCUUCCAGGGCGAGAAUGCAUUGCGGGAACGUACCUACAGUAUACAAGCGGAGCAAUGCAUGUUUAUACAUUGUAUAUUUGCAGAGCCAUGUAUAUCUAUAUAACAGCUCAGAUUCAUUUAUAUACGUAUGUUAAUUAUGUGCAGAACAAAUGUUUACCUAUAUUCAGAGGCAGACAAACUUGUGUAUCUCAUACACAGUGAUGGGAAAUCAUAUUACUAUAUGGUCCGCAAGCAACCGUUAAUGCAUGGCUACAUUAGUGACCAAAAAGCUAACUUUGGCAAUACACCUUCAGAGAUACCCACAAGGCUUUGCAAACGAAGCCUUGCCGCCAUAUUAGAUAGCUGAUGAUGUAAACAAAACACUGUUAUUACACUAGAGGGCGCUCUGUAUGUCUAGAAACCUACUAUUGUUAUCCCUAUCUCCAAAAACAAAGACGUGAAGAGGCAAAAAUAUGUCACAUAAAAGCAUAAAACGCAUUUUUCUUAAUCUUAUUUAUCUUCUGUCUGCAGCAGCAGUAUUACUGUAACAUGUCCUAGACGAGUUCCAGGCCGUUACUGAGGGAACGCAUAGACUAAAGUAACAAACGCAGAUCCAGGUAACCUUGGUCUAGUCCAUUGCUGUGGAACUACAAGUCCAAGCUUCCCCUGCCAUGUCACAACCAGUGUAAACAAACUUAAGUACCACCACAACUAAAGUACCACCACAACUGAAGUGCCCCAGGUUACCUAUCUCUACUCUUGUCUGGCUGGGCCUGCAGGAACUUGUUCUACAGCAGGCUAAUUCUUCUUAUUCUGAUCUGUCAGCGAUCCCUGACUGAACCUGGGGGGGUGUAUUGUACGUAGCAUCAUUAUAUGCAGGGCAUUACAGUCAUUCUGUGUGAACUUUGAGAUGUUGCUGUGAUUGCAUUUCGCUGUUUUAUUUUCCUUAUUGGAACAAUAAAUGAUUAAAUACAUUUUUAAAGAAAACAAAA